AAAAUCAAAACAAAAUGUUUUAAGCGCGCAACUUGGCUCAUGUUCACAAAAUGCACAACAUUCAGCAGUACAGUGGUGAUUCCUCGAGUGAAGACGAUGGCCAAGGUAGUGCUGUAACGGGUUCAAAAGAUUCACCAAAACCAGAUUUAUUACCUACUUCAAAGAAGCUUCUUCAAAUUGAAGCAGCAACUGCAGAAGAACCAGUUGACGAUGACCCCGCCAAACAUCAGGGCCGAGUUCGGUCCUUUGCCCAUGAAAGGGGCAUUUGGGCCAGCUACGUGUACGUUGACUAUAACGACGUCGAACCGCUGAACGAUCUUCAGCAGCAUAUAAUCGAUAAAGCGUCCAAAGAGCUCAGUUUGGAGCUCAACCGAGUAGAUAACCUUCAUCUGAGCCUAACCAAAACCUUCGUUAUAAGACAUCACAAUAUUACGGCGUUUGUGGAGAACAUCCGGAACGCAGUUAGUGGAUUUAAAAGAUUUACAGUUCUUCCCUCCAACCUCGCCAUCUACGUGAACGAAGAGCAAACUCGGACAUUUCUCGCGGUUAAAAUCGACGAAACCAGCUUUAGGCCGCUGGAACAACUCGUGGACGCUUUGGAUGGCUGCAUGCGCGAGUACAAACUUCCCGUGUUCUACCAGGAGCGGUCCUUCCACGUGAGCAUCCUAUGGACGCUCGGGAACCAACGGGACAAGAUGGAGGGAAUUUUGCCGGAGCUUGAUGAGUUAUUCAAUGCCAUUUACGAGGAGGAAUACUGUGAUAUGAACGUGAAUGUGAAACGGUUGCACCUGAAAUGUGGCAAUAAAUUCUACGACUUUGGGCUGGUGUGACGUACAGUUAAGUUUGUAAA